AUGGCCGCAUUGAAACUGCCAGCCAUGGUCUUCUUGCUUCUCCUCUGGCUCUCCCUUGUCUUCCUUCUCUUCCAUGGAUUGUACGGCCUCAAGAGACACAUGGUCAUCACCUCCAACCCUUCACCAUCAACCGCAUUCCAUGCACCCCGGCGGCAGAAUCAUGGUGAUGCGGUGGUGAAGCACAGGAAGGUUCUGGCCAGCAAGUUCGACUUCUCUCGAUUUCGAAAGUCAGCUCACCACCAGCAUCAUCAUCACCGGCGUGGUGGUGGGUCGAGUCCGCCGGAGAUCGAUCCUAGAUAUGGCGUGGACAAGCGGCUGGUUCCUACGGGUCCAAACCCAUUGCACCAUUGA